AUGAUGAAGAAAAUUGCAAUAAUUGGCGCCGGAGUGAGUGGUCUUCUUGCAUGCAAACACACUCUGGAGAAGGGUUUUAAUCCCAUAGUGUUUGAGGCAAGGAGUGGCGUAGGUGGAAUUUGGUCUCAAACGUUAGAGUCCACAAAGCUCCAAUCACCCAAAAGUUUUUACCAGUUCUCCGAUUUGGCAUGGCCGCCUUCUGUCACCGACACUUUCCCGGAUCACAACCAAGUCAUGGACUACCUCCAAGCUUAUGCUACUCACUUCAACCUCAUUUCCAGGAUCAAAUUUGACACUAAAGUCAUUUCUAUCGACCACCUUAUCACAACUUCUGAUCAUCAUGAAAAUGUCCUCUCUUCCAAUUUAUGGGGCGGCUCCGGUAGACCCUUCUCGCCCUCUGGAAAAUGGAAUGUCAUUGUACAGGAUGCUCAAAAUCCAUCAUCCACCGAGGUUUACCGGGUGGAUUUUGUGAUACUGUGCAUUGGGAGGUACAGUGACCUCCCAAACAUGCCAGAAUUUCCAAUAAACAAAGGCCCUGAAGUGUUUGACGGAAAGGUCUUACAUUCCAUGGAUUAUGCUGCUAUGGAUAAUGAUGUGGCAGCUGAAUUCAUCAAAGAAAAGCGGGUUACUGUCAUUGGGUUCCAGAAAUCAGCACUGGAUGUAGCAGCAGAGGUUUCAGCUAGAAAUGGAACCAGACACCCAUGUACGCUGUUAUUCAAGACAACUCAUUGGACGGUUCCUGAUCACUUUGUUCCAUUGACAUUUCGAAGUUUAAAUCGCUCCACAGAGUUUAUGUAUCACAAGCCAGGUGAAGGAGUCUUCCUCUGGCUUUUAGUCACUUUUCUCUCACCCAUGCUUUGGAUAUUUUCGAAAGUGUUGGAGUUCUAUCUGAAAUGGACAUAUCCAUUGAAGAAAUACAAUAUGAUUCCUAGUCAUAGCUUCCUUCAACAGAUUUCUUCAUGUAUGUUCACAAGUCUGCCAUCUAACUUCUACGACAGAGUCGAAGAAGGAAGCCUCAUCUUAAGGAAAUUUAAAAGAUUAAAUUUUUGCAAAAAUGGUUUGCUCAUAGAUGGCGAGAUGACUCCUCUAGCAACUGAUAUUGUUAUCUUCGCAACUGGUUAUAGAAGUGAUGAAAAGCUCAAAAACAUUUUUAAAUCAACUUACUUCCAGAAACACAUAACUGAGCCAGCUCCAUUCUACAGAGAGUGCAUUCAUCCCCGAAUUCCCCAGUUGGCAAUACUUGGAUAUUCAGAAAGUCCAGCCGUUUUAUACACCACGGAAAUGAGAAGCAAGUGGCUAGCACAUUUUCUUGCUGGAAAAUUUGUGUUACCAUCCAUAAUUAAGAUGGAACAUGAUGUUCUGCAGUGGGAAAAAUGCAUGCGGCUUUAUGCUGGUGAAGGCUACAAAAGACACUGUGUGAGCGCAUCUCUGCAAAUACAUUGCAAUGAUCAGCUGUGCAAGGACAUGGGACAAAAUCCAAAGAGGAAAAACUCAUUUCUUGCUGAGCUGUUUGCUCCUUAUGGUCCAUCAGAUUAUAAAAAUUUAUCCCAAGAUUGUACCUAG